AUGUCAUUUUCAAGCAAAGAAGAUCCAUCCACUUUAGUCCUUUUCGAUGUUGACGGUACUUUAACCCCAGCUAGACUCACAAUCUCCGAGGAGAUGAAACAAAAACUUGAGAAGUUGCGUUCGAAAGUCGUUAUUGGGUUUGUUGGUGGUUCAGAUCUUUCCAAGCAGGUUGAACAGUUGGGUCCUAAUGUGUUGAAUGACUUUGACUACUGUUUCAGUGAAAAUGGAUUGACUGCUUACAAAUUGGGUAAGCAAUUGGCUUCUCAAUCAUUUAUCAACUGGCUCGGCGAAGACAAGUACAACAAGUUGGUGAAAUUUAUUUUGCGUUAUUUGUCAGACAUUGACAUUCCAAUCAGAAGAGGUACUUUUAUCGAAUUUAGAAACGGUAUGAUCAAUGUAUCCCCUGUCGGUAGAAAUGCUUCAACUCAAGAAAGAAACGAUUUCGAAGCUUUUGACAAAAUCCAUCAUAUCAGAGAGAAAUUGGUUGAUGCAUUGAGAGAAAACUUUAAGGACUUUGGCUUGACUUACUCUAUUGGUGGUCAAAUCUCCUUUGAUGUCUUCCCAACUGGUUGGGACAAGACCUACUGUUUGCAACACGUUGAAAGCGAAGGUUUCAAAAACAUUCACUUUUUUGGUGACAAGUCAUACAAGGGUGGUAAUGAUUACGAAAUCUACGAAGACCCAAGAACCAUUGGUCACGCCGUUAACUCACCUGCAGACACCAUCAAGAUCUUGAACGAGCUUUUCAAAUUGAAUUAG